CUCCAAAUACGUUGAGCCGGCUCUGGUUAUGGAAUCGAAGAAGAAGGUUGUAGAAGAACAACAGAGUCACGAGAAGGUUGUGAAUUGGGAGGAUUUUCAGCAUGAGGUUGCUCGCCUUUCCAGUUUGUCGUCUACGGUUAAUGAAGCCAAUUAUAACAAGUCUUUGAUGCAGGAGAAACUUAACGACUAUUUACAGUUUGAAGCAGAGUCAUUAAGUUGGUCUAAUCAAUUAGAUGAGAUGCGUGAAAAAUUGGAAGCACGGAAAUUGGUAAUGGGAAACACGUCAAUGAAUUUAAAAGUCGUACAAGAAAAGGCUAAAAAGCAGGAGGAUCAACUAAACUCCCAGAUUAGAUCUUUGCUUAUGGCCGGAACUUCUCUUUCUGUUGCUAGUAGGAGCUUGCAGGAAGAAAAUAAUUCUUUGGCUGGAGAAAGAGGGUAUGGUCAUUUAAAGAAUGUGCAGAAGUUGCUGAGGAUGAGACAGCAAUUCUUGGUGUUCCAAAUUUCAUUACUCUAUCCUGUGAAAGUUGCCACUGGACAUACAUUCGACCAAGAACUUGAUUCAUAUUCCAACAACAGUAAAUCAGGGAAUCCUUCUGGAGUGAAACCACUUGAUGCCUCAGGAUCUCUGACUAUAUCAGGUCUUCAUCUGACUGUACUCCCUUUUAAGAAAAUGAGUUUUUUCACUGAUAAGAAGGAAGUCCAGAGCUCAGCAACUGCUCUUGGUUAUGUUGCACAUGUAUGUAUGUUUCUUAACCUCCACAUACCAUUUUUUCUUGUUUUCAAAUUACAUCAAAACAUGUUUUUGUCAUUGUACGUUCGACCUUUUACUAGUGUGGUGUAUCUUUUACCUGAUAGAAAUGAGUACUGGUAAAAAAACAAUUGCAUUUUUUCCA